AUGUUUUCCACUGCAGUAAAACUAGCAAACUUGGAUGACUAUCUAGAAUCCUCUCAAGAUUGUAUAGUUUCACUUUUAUCAGACAAAGAUGAUUCUAAGCCAAGAAUUGCAGUUAUGAGGCCUGCAAAAACUGAACAUAAAGAGAGUGGUAACAAAUCUGAGAAUACUGAAAAGGCUACAGUAAAUUUAGCAGAUUGUCUUGCUUGUAGCGGAUGUGUAACUUCUGCAGAAACUAAAUUAUUACAAGACCAAAAUGUCACCAGAUUUAUGGAUCAGAUUAAACAAAAAAAAAUGACUGUGAUAUCAAUUUCAAAUCAGUCAUGCUCUUCUUUUGCAAACCAACUAAAUUGCGAUUUAAAUACAAUUCAGAGAAAGUUUUCGGGAUUAUUUAAGCAUAUUGGGGCAAAAUUCGUAAUGAAUUCAACUAUUUCAGAAUAUAUUUCCUUGUUAGAAACAAAAUACGAGUUCAUUUCAAGAUACAAAAAAAAUUCAAAUCUCCCAAUGAUUAUUUCACACUGUCCAGGGUGGGUUUUCUAUUCUGAAAAAAGCUUAGAUAAUUCUGUUAUACCUUUAUUGAGUAGGGUCAGAUCAGCACAACAAUUACAGGGAAUUUUGAUUAAAACAUUGACUCUUGAAAUAUAUAAUCAACUGCUAUUUCUGUAUAAAUUUAGAUUAAUAAAUCCCUAUCGAAUAAGGAGCAUUAAAUACACCUUUACAAAAUAUGAUGAAUUUGUCGAUCAAAAAGAUAUCUUUCAUGUCGCUAUUAUGCCUUGCCAUGACAAAAAACUUGAAUCAACAAGAAGUUCUCUUUCUAUAAAAUCACUUGAUGAAAAUUCCACUUUUCCUGAAGUUGAUAUAGUAUUGGCAACAUCAGAAGUUGAGGAAUUAAUAAAUUUGGCAGGAUUUAAUUCUUUAUUGGAUGUUCCAGAGGCUCCACUAGACAACCUUUGGCUUAAUCAAAGUUUUCAAAUAACUAGUAAAAAUGAUCUAUCUCUUCUAAUAACUGAAAAUAAUACAAAUAAUCAAAUAUUGAAUCAGUUCUGUUGGCUAAUUCCUUCAUAUUAUAACUCAAACUCGGGUGGAUUCUGCGAGUAUAUUAUAAGGAGUGCUAUUAAAGAGCUCAGUGGAGAGGAUAUUGACAAAAGGAUUAAGCUCCCAUUUAAAAAGUUAAUCAACGAUACUUUUGAAGCUGAAUAUAAAGAAAACAAUGUUAAACUAAGAUAUUGUCUUGCUUAUGGAUUUAGAGCAAUUCAAUCUAUUUCCAGGAAACUUAAUUUGCAAAAAAACGCAAGUCAGCAUAUUCAGUCUAUAGGAGGUAUGAGUAAUGAUGUAAGCUAUCAUUUAAUUGAAGCAAUGGCAUGCCCAAGCGGAUGCAUUUCUGGUGGAGGACAGAUUCUUUUAAAAAAUAAUGGAAAAGAUGAUAGUAGCUUCGAGGUAGAAAAUAUAAGAAAAAAUAUCAAAUUUAUUGAUGGCGUUCAGGAAACUUUCUACAAAGGCAUUGAAUUAAAUAGUAAUCGAGAUAUUAUAUUACCAAAUGAAAUUCCAAUUGUAAAUAUUUUGUAUGAUUACUUAAUUAAAAUAGACAAGCAAAUAGAUACUAGUUUUGAUCCCAAGCUUCCAUUUCUUAGGAAUGAUUUUGUAUCUAUUGGUGAGAUUCCAACAGCAUCUUCGUUGAAAUGGUAA